UCCUCUCACUGCAGUAUAUCAUUCGCUCCUCUUGAUUGAUUACGCUCCAAGCCCUAAAGAAAAGAAUAAGAGCAAAUCUUCCCAGACAUCUCCGCGCAAACCAGCCAUUUCGCAGUCCCUUCUUACUCGCUCGCGCUCUUUCCACGGCCGAUUCGGCCAUUUCUCCCCCUUUGGAACCUGCUGUUGCGCUGUCCGGUUGGUCGGGUGUUCAAUUCUGUCCGCGGAUUUUUGCCGAAACCGGCCCGAUUCGAACCGUAGAGGGACGAACUCAUUUAGCAUGGCUUCGAAAACCGUCGCCAAGGAUAUCAUCACUCUGCGCGGCUCGGCAGCGAUCGUCUGCGAGUUCUUCGGUUAUGCUGCAAACAGUAUUCUGUACAAUCGGGGGGUGUAUCCGGAGGAGAGUUUCGCGAAGGUGAAGAAGUACGGGCUUCCGUUGCUGCUUACUCAGGAUGAAGGUGUCAAGUCCUUCAUUGCCAACUUAAAUGCUCAGCUUUCUGAAUGGUUGGAAGCUGGUAAACUGCAAAGGGUUGUUCUUGUUAUAAUGAGCAAGGCCACUGGUGAGGUCUUAGAGAGGUGGAACUUCAGCAUCGAGACUGAUGGCGAGGUCGUCGAGAAGGGAGUGUCGAGAGAAAAGAGUGACAAAGAGAUCAUGAGGGAGAUUCAAGCAAUUAUGCGCCAGAUUGCUUCGAGCAUCACUUACUUGCCGUGCCUUGAUGAACCCUGUGUAUUUGAUGUGUUAGCAUACACUGAUAAGGACGUGGCAGUCCCAUUCACGUGGAUCGAAAGCGACCCUAAGUUGAUUGCCAAUCCACAGAUGGUUAAGUUGCAUUCUUUUGACACGAAGAUACACAAGGUGGACACACUCGUAUCAUACAAGAACGAUGAAUGGGAUGAGCAGUAAUUUCCCCAGUGUCUUAAACUGGAUAUCGUGAAUCUUUUAUUCACAUUUUGUACGAUUUGAAUGGAAUGACCCGAGAAACAAUGUGCUAAGUUACUACAAAUUCUGUCAUUUUUGUUAAUGCAUCCCGAGAACUAUGGCAAUGGAACUCCUUUGUCUGUC